AUGCAAAAUCAGAAUCAAAAUCCUGGUGGAAUUGAUGCAGAUCGCUAUUAUCCCACCGAUGAAGAACUCAAAAUUCUGAUUCCUAUGCUGAGAAAGUACUUUAGUUUGCCUGAAAGAAGCAAUUCAAGGAAAGAUUUAGUUGAUGAAGUAUUUACAGCAGUAGCAAAGAUCAAUCCGAAGCAUUGGGAUGCUAAGAAAGUACGUAUUUGGUUUAGAAAUAAUAAGAAAACAUUCAUGAGUGCAGAUCCUGAAAGAAUUCCAACAGCACAAAUACCUCCAAUUCCAACAGGAGAUCCAAAUAUGAUCCAAUCAAAUGAUUCUAAUGAGAUGAGAGGUAUUCAAAGGCCUCGUUUUGUAAAUCCAAAUGCUCCGGUACAAAAUCGAUCGAAUCAAGCUCCACAACAAGCAUUUGUUCCUGAUUUACCAAUAAUUAAACAAGAAAUUACCACUGAUCAGAGCUCAUUUCAAACAUCUCUUGAAGAACAUUACGAAUAUCUUGAUAAGCUUCGUGGUUUAUUGAUACAAGCAAGUGAACAUCCUCAUGCUGCCAAAAUCAACAAUCAAAAAGAUGUUUCAUACAACUACACUCAGUGUUUACAACAAAUGUCCAAGAAAUUGAAUGUAGAAAACAUUUUUUCGUAUGAUUCUAGAGCCAAGAAAGUCUACGCAUUACCAGCAAAGCAUUUAAUUUCAAAGAUUUCUUUGACAUCAGCUCUUGCAGCGACACAAGGUCAAUAUCCACUAAAAACAGAGUGUAAGAUGGCAAAAUUAACUGAUAAUGUUUACAGAAAAGAAGGAAUGGAAACUCCAGUUGGACUUUCUUCCGAAUAUCUCAAAUUUUAUUCAGGAAAUUUAACGGAAACAAUUAAAGACAUUCCAGGGUUGUCAUCAUCAACAUUUACAAGUGAUGGAAAACUUAUUUAUUCCUAUUUUGAUCCAGAUAAGAAACAACAUUUAUUAAAAUUCGAAGAAAAUACAGUUACUAUUCCAUGUUUCCAGCCUCCAACAUCCAUGGUAUACGAUGAAGAGCUCAAAAUCGUCUGGAUCAGUGCCGAAUGCCGAAUUUUUGGUAUAUCAACCGAAACUCUUUCAGUUGUCGACAUUUUAUUUGCCAGUGUCCAGCCAUCUGACACCACGAGCAUCUCCAUUGCCGAUGACAAUUUGGUUUUAACCAUAAACAACGUGAUAAUCAUCUACAAAAGACAGAAAUCCCAAGGUCCUUCGCUGGCAAUCAUGUCCGACCUGAACACUUCACUUCUUGAGGACAAAAUUCGACCGGCCAGUUUAGACAGAAAUUCGAUUUCUUGGAAAAGAGGUCGACAGAACUUCUCAACGUUAGCUCCCUCCUGCAGAAACUACAGCUACACGUCAUAUAUUAACAAGAACUUCAUCAUUUCUUCGUCAAUCAGCCCUUCAAUGGACAUUAUGACUAUUGAGCGACAAUCUCUUGGUAAUUUGAUCGGCCAUACUGCAGGAAUAACCAGCAUGACCACGUGUAAAGACAUUUUGUUCACUGGUUCAGCAGAUUGUACUGUCAAAGCUUGGGAUAUCAAACAUAGUUCUGUUUUAUAUCAUUUUGACAGACAUUCUGCGAAGGUAACUGCUUUGUUUGCUUGCGAAGUUGAUGGGAGACUAGUUGUUUUCUCUGGAGGAGACGACGGAGUGAUAAUAGUUUGGGAUCCAGUUAAUUCGACUGAAAUAUUUGAGUUCUAUAGGGAAAAGACAACUAUUAGAAGGGUUCAUUUCGUUCCAGAACAAAUGACUUUGUAUGCUGUAAUAAGAGAUGAUUCGGAAAUAAUUUUACCGAAAACUCAAAUUUUGACGGUUAAAAUAGAAUAA